AACUACCGAGGUUAUCAUAGAACCUACAUCUAAUAAAAUAUUAACUGAAGCGACUGUCACUACAACGACCGAAAUUACUGAAGGCACAACAGCUGAAGAUGUAACUACAGGAGUUUCGACUCCCCAUACUAUAGAAGACACAACCACUGAAAUUAUGAUUAUUGGAGUUACAACCCCCCAGACUAUUGAAGACACAACAACUGAAAAUAUGACUAUGGAAGUAACUGCGACACCUUUAGCAACAGAAGUUGCAAGAACCAAAUUUACUGCAAUAACUGCAACAACUGAAGACACAGCAAUGCCUCAAAGCACUGAAGUACUAGAAGCCACAGCGGUUACUCCCACAACAUCCACACUUACAGAAGUCAUACCACCUUCCACCAUGACAGAAUUACAGAUAUCCACAAUUACUAUGGCAUCCACAAAUACAGGGGUACAAACAGCAUCUAUUAACAGCAAAGCCUCACCUACAGUGACAACUAGAGAAAUCUCAAUGUCAUCAGCUUCGACAGAAUUAACAACUCCCAAGGUAAUUGAAAUGAAUACAACACCCACAACUUCACAAACUCUUGUUUUCAGAACUAGCAAGCCAACUGGAAGCCCACAAGGCACCACCCUGCCACCGAGACCACCAACAGCAUACCCAACUUUGGACCAGUCAUCACCAUAUACAGAGCCCCCACUUCUAGCGACCACUCCAAGAGCAAUGCCAGCAAGUGAAUUACCACCGUAUAUUGGACCAAAGCUGCCGUGGACAACAUUACCAACUGUACCAACACCCGCUUCAAGCCCUGAACCACCCACACCGUAUACAAGACCUACACUACCAGCACCCACAAUAUCGGAUACAGCACCUCCGCCAAUACGCACGUCACCAUCAUAUAUCAGACCCAAGUUGCAACCUAUACCGUGGUUAACAUUACCAGCUCAACCAUCUAUACCACCUCUAGAACCAUACACAAGGCCAAUCCUACAGACACUUACAGUACCUAGCACAAUAUCUGCACCUACAGAAGCGUCACCACAAUAUGUUCGACCCGAGUUACCAUGGCUAGCAUCGCCAGCUGUACCGACAAUAUCAUCACCAAAUCCGGAACUGUCCUUGCUGUACACAAGGCCCACACUACCAGAACGUCCUAUAUUCCCUCCAAAGCCUUCAACAGAGGUGUUGCCAUCGUAUAUCAGACCCAAGUUACUGUCAGUACCGCGGAUCACAUUACCAACUGCUGCAUCAGAGGUGCCAGGCAAGACUAUUUCACCACCUUAUGCAAGGCCAGCACUAACACCUGUUAAGGUAACAAAACGCAUACUACCAGCAAGUAUACUGCCAUCUCAAAGCCCACUUUAUAUUAGACCAAGGCUACCAUUAAUGCCAGCAUUGUCAACCAUGUGGGAAAUGUGGACCCCUUAUGUUACAGCCAAGCUUGAAACUUUGCAGCCUGUGCAUCCAAGUAAAAUCAGUACUGACAGUCCGCCAUAUAUUAGGCCGAAUGUACCAGCAGUCGUAACCGGGCCGUACCCCCCUGUACACUCACAACGUCCAUACAUAAGGCCACAACUGCCAGCAACAACAACGUCAAGAGGCCCCUCGGUGCCAGACGCUGUGCCCUGGGUCCCAGUGGAAGCAACAUCAAUGUCAGCAGAUGAAAAUAAUGCUCAAGACCCACUUCAACCAGUUGCAGAUGCAACAGACAAUAAUGAGAUUGCUAGUUUUACUCAAAGUAAGUGACCAAUAAUCAAAUGUUAUGAAAGUUCCAGCAGUCAAUGUGAUCCACCGAGCUUUCCCCAUUACUUACAGUUGUCGAUCCAAAUAGCUGCAACUCCAAACGUAUGUAUGCCCAAAAUAACAAACAAAUGGCUUGUCAAUUAAGCAAUUACAGCAAUUAAAAAAAAAGCUGGCCCUUUUCCGCACUAUUGUACAGUGUUUUGCUUCACGGUGAUGUUGCACAGAUGAACUUUGUACGCACUUUGUGCCACAACAGCAUAAACAUCCUUC